UCGCGACCCGCGCGACAGCGAUAAACAAAGCUUUGGGUCAUCUAUCCAAAAACCAGACAACGCGAUGACCGCAGUAGUAGGCUCCGCCGCCGAGGACACGACGCCGAGCGAGCGCGAGGCUCCACAACGUUUUGCCUGGUGGCACCCGCAGAGCGCCGACCUCGGGCGCCGCGCGGAGGCGAGGCGCCAGCACGCGCGGCGCAACGACCUCUGGGCGCGGCCCACGGCGGGCGAGGCGCCCAUCAUCCCGCGGCCCCUGCCGCCGCCGUCGACCAGUACGGUCUUCGCGGUGAUCGACGGCCCGGUCUUCGCUCCCGUCGACCCGCCGACGCCCCACGCCCUGGCGCGCCGCGCGGCUGCGCCGCCGCCGCCGCCGCCGGUCGAGCCGUCGACGGCCGCCGCCGCGGGCGCGACGAAGCCGCCGACGGUCGCGGCGCCGAAGAAGCCGGACUGGCUGGCCAUCGAGCCGAAGAAGCCGGCGUCGAAGCCGCGCGGCCGCCGGGGCGUGCCGGCGUCCGCCGUGCCGGCGCUGGCCGUCGACGACGCCGUCGACGACGCGCUCGCCGAGCUGUCGGACGACGCGCUCGUCGCCACGGUCGAGCAGGCCGCCGACCGCGCCGACAGGGAAGACGGCGCCGCGGCGCCGAAGAAGCCGGCGUCGAAGCCGCAUGGACGUCGCGAUCGGCCGCGGCCGCAAUCGGCCGAGGAGGACGUCGACGCGCUCGUCGCGCGCGGCGCGCCGAUCGAGCGCACGGAAAAGCCGCGGCGCGGGCGCGGGCGGCCCGCGAGCGUCGAGGCGGCGACCACGACGCGCGAGUACCUCGCGCGCGGCGGCACGAAGCCGGACCUCAAGUACGACCUCAAGGGCGGCUUCUUCCGCGUGCGGACGGCGGCGGCGCCCGCACCCGCGGCCGAGGCGCCAACCGCGCCGGCCGAGGAGCCGGUCGCCGUAGGUCGGCGCGUCGUCAUACCGCAGGAGCACGGCGGCGGCUACGGCAUGAUCGAGACGAUCAUCGACGGUAUUUGUGAUGUGGCACUCGAGGCGGACCCGGCGGGCGACUGCCUCGCGCUGCACGUCGACGAGCUCGCGUUCGCCUCGGACGAGGAGUAUGUGGGGGCGCCGGCGCCCGGCGAAGGCGCCGACGACGACGAGGCGAGCGUGCCGCCCUCGCCAUCCUUCGAUAUCAAUGAGACGCCGGCGCCGGCUCCCUCUCCACCCAAGGCCAUGCCGUGGCGGCCCGAACUACAAAGAGAGGCGUGGCGCGCGGGCGACUGGUGCAUCGCCAUCCGCGACCAGGAUGUCGAUCUUCGCCGCGGCCCGCGAGGCGGUGGUCGCCGGCAGCUCCUUCGUCUCGACGACCUCGCGGUCGCCGUUCGUGUCCUGCACGAUCUGGAUAACUUGA